AUAUUCGUUACUUCACCAGCAGCUUUUUAUAUCCAAAAAAGUAGAUUUAAGUACGAGUAUAGCUUACUUAUAAAUUAAAAAAAAAAUGCUGUGUAAAUAAUAAAGGCGAAUCAACACAGGUAUAAGCAAUGAAUUUCUACAUGCCAGACGACAGUUUUACAUCUUAGUUCAAAUCUGAAAGAUAUACAAUAUAAAGAUAGCGGAAGAAUUUCAAAACGUGAUUUUUUAAGCAAACAUUCAGACUUAUUAGCGUUCGUAUAUAACGCCAUUAUAUUUAAAUAAGCACCUUCCUAGUUAUAUGACAUGAAUUAUAUGAACACGAGAUUGUAAACGAGUGCUCAGACUAAAAGUACAUCUUUUUAAGAAGCUAUAAUCGAGGUAAUCGAGGCUUCGAUACCAUGGCUAAAAUUUAAAAAAAAGCAUUCUAGAUAAACAGUAAGGAAAAAAUGCUGUUUAAAUAUGCAAAGCCUUAAAAUAAUAAAUGGAGUGAAUUUUAAUAUGCCAGCCAUCAGUAUUAUUUUUAUGUUAAGACCUGUAAGAUAUACAAGGAGAAUAUGGGAAUACGUUUUCAUUUAAAUUUACUAUGCGUUUUACUGCUAGUGGACUUCGGACAACCAAACAUAGAAAAUGAUGAUUAUGUGGAUCCGGAGGAGCCCCUUGAUGAUCACCUGACGCGGCCUAAUGUGGAGUACCCUGAAAGCGAUAAUGAAGUUAAUGAAUAUUACGAUGAUCACUAUGAAAACAAUGAUCAUAUUACAAUUGGCCCUACCGAUCAACCAGAUCCUGAAACCGAGGCAUCAUCUGAUAUUGAUCUAUCAUACGAUGAUCAUUUAACAACUGAAAUUGAAUUUCUUGGUGACAAUGUGGAUGACGAACUUGAUGAACAGCACUUUGAAGGAGUCCAACACAACGAUCAAGAAUAUUCUGACUUAGAUCUCGAUCAAAAUUUUAACGAAAUAGAAGAUCGAAUAGUGCGGUAUGCAAUGCAAAAGUGGCGUGAAGAAAUUUAAAUUACUUGCUUAUGUUUUGUAAAUAAAAUGAUUUUUUAGUUUUACUUUAAUGCUCUCUUUAGUUUUUAUUUAAU